AUGUUACCAGUUUUAUUGUAUAAAUAUUCCCAGAAAAAGAGGACACAGAAUAGACGGGAAAUGGAAGCAGCUUUGAAUUCCAUUACUGCGAAUCUCAGCAGACCCGUCCUUCCAGACAAUGUUAUUCAUCAAGUUCCUGAUGCCUGUGUAAAACUGUCGGAUGAUUAUCAUGAGUUGCUGCAAGGAGUUCUCACUCUGGUUGAAAGAAGCAUUGGGGUAUUCAUUGAAUGGACCCCAACUGAAGACGGUAAUGAAUCAACAGGUUGGGUUAUUACUGGAGGAUCGGAAGAAAACAUUGCAUCCCACAGUCUGAAUUCGCCCGAUAGUGAUGGCUCUAAAGAUUUAUUGAACAAGUUGAAAUUCUCGAUAGACGUCUGUGACUUGAGCUCUUACAAAUACUUGGAGCCAAAAGAUAAAGGACAAGGGUACCCAUUUAUUCGAUUCAUAUGCCGUGAUGGGUCUAGUCCUAUGGCUUUGUACUUCAGAACAACUUCCGUUGAUGAAUUCUUAGAGAAAUUACGAGGAUAUCUAUCUCUCCGAAUCUCUGCUCAUGAUCCCAGUUUAACCCUCGUUGUGGAUGGAAAUGCUGGAGCCCUAGCUAAAAGCGUCACUGACCUUGACUUUAAUGGUGGAAUACUAUCGCGCUUUUUGAACAAACCUUGCGAAACAGCACUAACAGGAUUCGGGAAGAUUACUUCUCUGAUGCAAGAUCACGUUUAUCCUGUCUUAUUGGAUUCUGAUGCUGUUGAACAAGAGGAGCAUAUAAGAGCAAUGCGUGACUUACGAAGAAGAGAUGAAGACGCCACAGAUUUAAGAAUUCACACUGAAACCGAGUUCGAAGUAGUCACACAACUUAAUCUUCCCGACAGACCCGUUUGUGAAAGAAUCAGUCCUCUAACAAAGGAACUCUUUGAAGUUUACAAAAACGCUGAUGGUUCUAUCGAUGCCCGACAUAUUCAUACUAUAAAAUCGCAUGUAUUCCGGGGUGGGAUAGAACCUGACCUACGUAAAGAUGUUUGGAAACUCCUGUUGGAUUACCGCGAUUGGAGUGAAUCUGACGAAUCGUUUGUUAAUACAAAGCAUCAUAAAGAAAAUACAUAUGAGAAUAUGAAGCACCAGUGGUUGUCUAUUACUGAUGAUCAAGAACUACGAUUUGCCAGCUACAGUAAGAGAAAAGGACUUGUGGAGAAAGAUGUUGCUCGAACCGAUAGAACUCUCGAGUUCUAUCAAGGACCAAACAAUUCGAAUUUGCAAAUGCUUCAUUGCAUUCUGAUGACUUACAUAAUGCAUGAUUUUGAUCUCGGAUAUGUACAAGGCAUGAGCGAUUUUGCUUCUCAGCUUUUGUACAUUAUGGAUGAUGAGCAAGACGCUUUCUGGUGUUUCGUUGGGUUCAUGAAGAGAAUCCAUCCCAAUUUCGAAGAAGAUCAGACGCAUAUCAAACUGCAGUUGAAUCAAUUAUUCGAUUUAGUCAUGGUUGUCAACCCUAAGCUAGCCAACUAUCUAGAAUGCAACCAAUCGGAAGACAUGUACUUUUGUUUCCGUUGGGUAUUAGUAUGGUUCAAACGUGAGUUUAGUUUCCAUGAUACCUCAAGACUAUGGGAAGUUGUAUUGACUGAUCAUCCGUGCCCAAACUUUUUAUUGCUUGUGUGUGUUGCCAUACUAGAUCGCGAAGCAAACACCAUAAUGCAAAAUAAUUUCGGUCUCACAGAAAUACUGAAGCAUGUUAACGACUUAUCCAUGCACCUGAACUUGGAUGAAGUCCUAAGUUCUGCCGAAUCCAUAUACCUGCAGCUGAGUACUAGUCAAGAUAAGUUACCCAGUCACAUCUGCAAAUACUUGAAGUUGGGUGACAUGUCUAUGUAUAGUGACUAA